AUGACUGACCCGGUUCUACUGAUUAUUACUUCACUCAAACACAUAUUAUCUAUUCUACCAUCUUCAUCGAGCUUUCCUCUCUCGGGUAUGAGUCUUAUGCCAGGUUUCACGAAAUGUGUAAUUAACUUGUGUGAAGUUUACAGUACCAUCCGCUCUGCCAUUCUGCUAUCACUGGCAUACCUCCUCAAAGUAUGAACAAUAUAUAUAUGUCUUAACGACGUUGAGCUAAUCUGACUAGCUAUGUCUAUCCAAGGAGGUCGUUAUAUCAAUAACAUCGGUCUUGCACACCAAUAUCGCUCUGUCCUGCAACAUCGUGCUAGUGAGGACCCGGUUAUAGGGUUAUGGAACACUAUUCUCAUUCGCGAGUGGGAUGGGACAGAUGGUUUCAUCCUUAUCCCACAACAGCAGCAACAAGGGAAUUACCGACCCGACUGGAUGCUUAUCAAAUGGGCGACAGAUGGGUCAUAUUUUAUCAUCAAGGCAGUUCUUGAGGCCAAGCCUAUGGAUCAAGAACCACAACAGGACAACAUAUCUGAUGAGCAGUUACGAGGAUAUGCUGUGAAUGCUCUUGUCAGCGCCCGAGCCAAUGGACGGCCGCAGACCCAUGUUUUCGCUAUCAAACUCGUCGGAACGCGGUUCUUGAUGUACGAUGUACGAGCAGGAGAAGAAAGAUUGCUUGCACAAGACAGGGGGUUCAACUUCCCAGGUGAUGCCAACUUCCAGGAUAAUGGGGAUUUUCAAGAUGUGGCUCUUGACGAUGGUCAACUCACUGAACUCUAUCGUACCAUUCGCCGAACAAAAAUGACAUAA